AUGAAAGCACUCAUCCCUAUUGUGCUCCUUCUGGCAGGCUUUGCCUCCGCUCAAUUUCAGUUCUUUGAGCAGUUCUUCCAUGGAGGGCAGCAGAACAAAGGCACUCAGGAGAAACAAAAUGUCCCCAGCGAUUCCAACUGGUAUCGCCAGAACUGGGACGGUGACAUCGGAUCUCCAGGCAAAUUGGUGCCCGAAAUGACAAUGGCUGACUGGCCAACCAUCUAG